GUGUUUUCUGGGGGACAGCCCCAAGCCUUGAAACGGGAGGAAACUUUUGGGUUCUCUGUUUCGCUCCUCCCCUAGCGAGAAAAGAGCGGGACCGCCCCUGAGAGCUAACCACUGCCUGGCUCUCUCAGCUCCGGACUGCGAGACUCACCUCCGAGAUCCCUGAUCGCUGUUGGAGUACACACAGCGGACGGGAAAACCAUGGGUUCUUCCUGGCUUCAGUGGCUUUUGAAGUAUCUACUCUGCCUGCCUGGUUUGGCCUUCGCCACCGUUCUACUACUCCUGGCUCUGGGGAUAAGAGGGAGAAGGAGGAGGAGACCUGGGGAACCUCCAUUGAUAAAUGGCUACAUUCCUUUUUUUGGAGUGCUCUUUCAGAUAAAAAACAACCCCUACAAAAGCAUCCAAGAUUAUCAGAAAAAAUACGGAAAUAUAUUUACCUUAAAAAUUAAUGGAAACUACUUUACUUUUGUACUGGAUCCAUUUCAAUACCCACUGGUGUUAAAAAAUCACAAAAAUUUUACUUUUGAAAAUUUUAAAGAUGAAUUUAUAAAAAAAAUUUUCCUGAUCUCAAUAAAACCACACAUGAAGAAAGAAUUUAAGGACUCCCAAAAAUAUAUGCAAAGCAAACUUUUAGAUUUGUCUUAUACUCUAAUGCAGAAUAUGAAGCAUAUUAUGAAAGAGCGAUUUUUACAAGCCAAAAAUUGGGAAACAAGUCAAUUGUACAAGUUUUGUAUAUCAUUAAUAUUUGAAGUCACAUAUAUAGGCUUCUAUGGAAAGGAUCCUGGCACGAAUUCAGGUGAAGUUAUCUGUGAAUUACUAAAUAACUUUGUCAAAUUUGAUAAUGAAUUCCUGAAACUUUUGUUACCACUACCUACCUUGUCACUGAGAACUCUCAAGAAUGUUCGGGAAAAGUUAAUACAAAAUUUUUUAUCAGAGCACAUCUCAAACAUGCAGGAAACAUCAGAAAUUAUCAAAGCUAGAAAAAUCCUUCUUGAUAAAUUUACAGACCUUCAGGAUCAUGAAAAAGCAGCACAUCAUUUUGCCUUUCUGUGGGCCUCUGUGGCAAACACAAUUCCAGUUACAUUCUGGACAGUGUAUUAUCUUCUGCAGCACCCAGAAGCUGUUGCAGUGUUGCGUGAUGAAAUUGACCAUUUGCUACAGUCAACAGGUCAAAAGAAAGAACCUGAUUUUAACAUCCAGUUCACCAGAGAACAAUUGGACAGCUUGGUCUACCUAGAAAGUAUAAUUAAUGAGUCCUUUCGAAUGACCUCAAUUUCUUCCAAUGUACGUUAUAGUGAAGAGGAUAUCACCCUAAAUUUAGGAAAUGAAGACGUCAAUUUACGAAAAGGAGAUAUCAUCAUCAUUUACCCACCAUUCCUCCACUAUGACCCAGAAAUUUUUGAACAGCCUGAGAAGUUUAAAUUUGAUCGUUUUGUAGAAGAUGGCAAGAAGAAAACUACUUUUUUCAAAAGAGGAAAAGAGGUGCCAUAUUUCCUAUUACCAUUUGGAUCUGGAAUCAGCAAAUGUCCUGGCCGAUUCUUAGCAAUGCUUGAGAUGAAGCAGUUCCUGAUUCUCUUGUUUAUGUAUUUUGAUCUAGAAUUAAUUGAAUUUAAACCUCUAGAGUUCAACAAUUCCCGAAUUCUUUUUGGUAUACAAUGUCCUGAAUCAGAUAUUUCCUUUAGAUAUAAACUAAGAUGUUAAAAAAAAGGGAGGAGAAAGAAAAAGAUGUUUGCCCCAAAGUAACAAUGUCUUCCCCCUCCCCUUUUGGUUUUUGUUUCUGGAAAUUAAAUUGUGUUUUUCUUCUUGUUUUUUUUAACACGCUUUCAUAUUAGGGGAUGCUUUCUUCAUUCCAUAAUGUCAAGACAUCUGGUCGGUCCAGUUUAAAAAAUAUAUAUAUUGUCCACUCUUAGAGCUGACAUUAUGAUAUCAAAACAUCCUGAUGAGUGUCUCCCUUUCUUAAGUAACUAAGCAUGGUAUGGUGUUUAGUGUAUUAACCAUAGUAUAUCUUUUAAGACUAUAUCUACAAUAUGAUAAUAGAAAUUAUAGUAUUGAAAAAUCCAUGUAUUCUGGACACCUAUGGUUCUUAAAAACGAGUGUGACAGAAUCUGUGACAGAGUUAUGAUUAGAUUAGAGCAAAUAUAUUAUCUUUACUUUGCAGAUUAAAACAAGCAUAUUAAAAUGUAAUUCUUUUACUCAAUAUUUAAAGUCCCCCAUGAAUGUUGAUGGAAAAUUGUGUCAGGUGUGGACACUAUCAACAAGUAAAACAAAUCAAAUAAGAAAAUAUUUCAUUUGUGAUACUAGAUGAAAAUAUCCUCUUUAUAUAUAAAAUCAAUAAUACUUUAAUUGCCUGGGUAUGUGUUCAUUAAGUGGGUUCUGCAGAAGAUUCAAUGCUUCAAUGUAAUGGCAAUAUUUCAUCAUUUGAAAAUGCACUUUAUUGCUUUUUAUUUGUUGUUACUGUUGUUUAGUCAUAAACAGCUCUU